AUGCCGAAACGUAAACUAAGUACUGUGCGAAUAGAAAAAGAAGCUGCUCUUGAAGUAGAAAGUGAAGACAAAGAUUUUGAAGAAGACGAAGAUAAUUACGAACCGACGACGGAGGAAAUAGCUGCAGCUGAUGCCGAAAAUUAUGAUUCGGAUAGCGGUGAAAGUAUAGAAUAUUUGUCACAAGAAUUACAAGAAAAUGUUGCUCUCGACCGCUUUAUUUUGUAUAAGUCGAAAGAUGGAAAAAUUACAUUCAGUACGGAAGCGGCAGAAUUGCCAACAAAUCGUCGCUACAAUAUUAUAAAUUCAACGCCAGGUCCAACUGUGUUUGCUACGAGUCGUUGCACCGAUAUUUUGUCAUCUUUUUUGCUAUUUCUUGAACCGAUCGAGAAUGAAAUCUUGAAAAUGACUAAUUUAUAUGGCAUCCAGACUUAUAAAAACGAUUGGGAAGAACUUGAGCUCUCCGAAUUACGUGCUUACUUUGGUCUUCUUUUGUUUGGUGGUGUAUUUCGUUCAUAUGGAGAAGAAAUUGGUGAGCUUUGGGACGACACAACAGGCAGACCAAUAUUUCGAGCCACAAUGUCACGUGAUCGGUUCCAAAAAAUAACACGUUGCAUUCGUUUCGAUAAUCGUGCGGAUCGAGCAGAACGAAGAGAUAAACUCGCUCCGAUACGAAAUGUCUAUGAGAAGUGGAACAAAAAUUUAUCUCGCUUAUAUAAUCCUGGUGAAAAUAUCACGGUUGAUGAACAGCUUGUGCCAUUUAAGGGCCGUUGCCCAUUCAAACAAUACAUUCCGAGCAAGCCAGCUCGCUAUGGAUUGAAAAUUUGGGCUGUUUGUGAUAGUCAAAAUGCGUACACGUGGAAUACACAAGUAUACACAGGAAAAGCACCAAACACACGUCCAGAAAUAAAUCAAGGCAAACGCGUCGUUUUGGAACUCACCGAUGGUCUCCAGGGACGAAUGGUCGUUGCCGAUAAUUUUUUUACGUCACACAAUCUGGCAGUCGAAUUGCUUAAGCGUGGAUUAAUUUUCUUGGAUACAGUUCGCAAGAAUAAACCAUUUGUGCCACCGAAAUUGUUGGACAUGAAGAAGAAGCCAUCAACGUAUUCAGAGUUCUUGUUCGACAAUAAAAAUAAGAUUAGUAUAGUAUCGUAUGUACCCAAGAAAAAUCGAUUUGUUCUUCUCAUGAGUUCGGCACACAUGAGCCGUAAUGUAAGCGCUAAUGCAGAGCGAAAACCAAUUAUGAUUCUUGAUUACAACAAAUACAAAGGUGGUGUUGAUCAGGCAGACCAAAUGAUCGCAACAUAUACCUGCAAGCGAAAAAUAAAUCGUUGGCCUGCUGCUCUUUUUGGUUAUAUUUUAGACACAUCCGCAUUGAACGCUUAUAUCAUUUAUUGUGCCAUAAAUCCGCAAUGGAAUGCGAACAAAUUGUUCAAGCGCCGCUUAUUUUUGAAAGAGCUAGGAAACGCGUUAGUGCGUACACAUGUGCUACAAAGAAAAACGAUGCCGCGUGGAGAAAAUGCAACCAAAUUAUUUCUAAAAAUGCGGGAACUGCCACGAUCUACAUCCACAUCUACUGUAUCGACUGAAAUUUAUUCUCCGCAACCAACAAAAAUUUUGAAAAAAAAUGGAAGAGCUCGUUGCGGGUAUUGCCCAUAUAAUAGAAGCGGAACAAAAUAUGCGAAUUUUUGCGGUAAAUGUGGCAAAGCGAUGUGUCCAGCGCAUUCUAUGCCUCAAAGGUUUUGUUAUUUAUGUGUCCCAAAAGAAACUAAUUAG